GUUGGUUCGGUUCGAGUUCAGUUGGACGCAAUCGCCGCUCGAGCGAGGCCGCAAGCAGCAAGCAGCUCUGACAGACAAACCAGCCGGCUCUCGAAACAGGUGGUUUUUGCGUUCACCCGAAAAGAAGAAAUCAUUUAUUUCGACAAGAUGCGAAAGUCCGAAAACGUGUUCGUCCGACUCUUCCUGAUGGCCUGCGCCUUCCGGCUCACUCUGGCUCGAUCGGCACGUUGGUCGGGGAACGCCGCCUUCUCGGACGAGUGCCGGCAGGAGGCGAUGCUCAAGUGCUCGGCCAUCAGCGGUUCCAGUGAUCUCAACUUUAUCACAAACAAGCAGGAACUCGACCUCCAGUGCCCACAACUGAUUGCCGGCCUCAAGUGCAUCGACAACUUCACCCUGAACUGUAUGACACCUCAGGAACGCCAAUAUUUCAUUCAGCUAUACGCAGGCACAAACGCAGUCAUCCAGGACCUUUGCGUCGAAGGAAGUUACCAAAAAGAGUUUUUGAGACACGCACCCUGCAUACGUGACGUUCGAUCUGAUUUCGGCGUUUGCGCCCGCGACUACGAGGAAAAAUUGCAGAGAAUCAACGCUCAGGCCGAAAACCUCAUGUCCUCUUCAAACAACGAGGCGCAAAUGAAAGCACUCUGCUGUUCCUUCCAAACGUAUGUGGGCUGUUCGCAAGACGUCGUUUCCACCAAGUGCGGCGCCGAGUCGGCAAACUUCACUCACCACAUUUUCAACCGCAUGGGCAACCCUUUUCUUGAUAAAUACUGCAAAAAGUACUCGAACGACUGUCCAACGAGCUCUGGGUGGGUGUCCCGCGUGAGCCAGUGGCUGCUGGCCUCGAGUUUCGUGCUGGUGGCGCUGAGCAGUUGAAAUUUGCGUGCGGCGUGAAAAGAGUGCCUUUUCGGAGGGCCGUUGGUCGCCUCUCUACCAGCCGCCAGCUCAAUCGCACGCAGUCGUCCAAAUGGAGAGGCGCGCCGGCCGGACAAGAGAAAGAAAGAAGGAAGGAAGGAAAGCUCCGAGCUGCAUUAUUCGCGUUUCCUCAGUGUGAAUGUGAUAUAGGUUCCUCUUAGAAUACAAUUUUGUCCACGACCGAGAGCAGGAGGAGAAGAAAAAUUAAUUAAUUAUGCCGCAAAACAAUUCAAUAUUUUAUGUAAUAUUUAUUGAUUUUAGCGUAAUACCUCUUUUUCAAGUUAGUACGUGUCUCAUGCUAUUAACUAAUGCAAAGUCUGAUUAGUUGUAUCUCAUAUAUGUAUACAUAUUAUUUCAUUUUUGUCCAGGCCAGCGAACCGUGAAAGUAUUUCUCGAAAAGUGUGAAUUUAUUUUGUCCGAACUCUACUCCAGGAAAAAGCAAUUGAUUAAUAUUAUAUUUAUUGUGCAAGUAGCUGCUACUUUCAUUGCUCACGCAUCACAAACACACAUGCAAAAAGAUGAAUAGGCGUCGUUGUGUUGUUGUAGAUCGAUAUUAUUCUCGAAAUUGCUGCUGUAUGAACAUGUGUGCAGCACUGCAACGUCCUAAAUGAUAUAAUUAUAGACCUCUUUUUUAAUAAACAACCGAAUAGACAGGA